UGUGAUCAUGGUGUUAGAGGCUAUGAUGGUGUACCCAAGACAAUGCUGAGUAUGGAAAAGGGUGACACUGUUUUCUUUCACCCCAUCCUUUUACAUGGAUCAGAAGCUAAUCGUACCCAGCAUUACCGCAAGGCAAUAGCCUGUCAUUUUGCAAGUUCAGAAUGUGAUUAUAUUGAUGUGAAAGGUACAACCCAAGAGAACAUUGCCAAGGAAAUUGAAGAAGUAGCUGUAACGAAAGGUAUUGAGGGCCUUAAUUUCAAGGACAUCUGGAAGUUCCGCAGCCGUUUAGUUCGUGGUGUGGAAAUCAACUUGUAAUGAAUGACCUAUUGUGUGAUUGUCUGUCAAGUGGAUAUAUCUCCUGUACUGACAUAAAUUCAUAGUUUACUUUAUACAUCAGAGUUGCUCAUUAAUGUGUAUGGGGAACCCCAGCUAAUACCUAAGCUGGUCUAAAUCAUAUCAUGGGUGGACAUCACUUUGACCUAACUUGGUGGAGCUCACCACAACUCUGGCUGGCUCACUUUAUCAUGAGCCGGUCUUACGUUAAUGCAUAUCAAUAAGUUGUAAAAGGGGAUGUUGUUAUCACGAAAUUGUUAUUGUGUUGCAUAUUAACCAGUGAAUCUACUAUACAGUACAGUUGCCAGCAAAAGUUCUCCCACAGCCCUGUGUAGAAAGUUGUUGGAGAACUUUUGCCGGCAACUGUACAUACCGGUGUGCAUAUUGAUAAUACAUUGCAUAUAUACGUACUGCGUAUAUACUGUACACGUACUGUACAUACAUAUAUUGAUAAUGCAUUGCAUAUAUACAUAUGGAUAAUACAAUGAGUAUACAGGAUACUUUUAUACAUAUACGUACUGUACGUAUGUAUAUUGAUAAUCAGUUGCAUACCGGGUGUAUACUUUUAUAUAUUGGUACUGUACUUUUUUUUUAAUUCCGGGAUUAGCCCACUUGGUCACAGGUCACUGACCCACGUCGGGGCCUGGGGGGCAAAAAGUAAUAAAAAUAAUAAAAA